UUUCCUAUCUUUGAAGAAACAGUGCGAGACAACAAACUACUGGAUUAUGUUGAAGACCUGAUCGGUCCAAACAUCCGCCAUAUCAGGCAAGAGAAGGUCAACCUAAAGCUUCCUAAAGGGACUCGAUUCCCUGUGAAGUGGCACCAGGAUUGGGCUUUCUAUCCUCAUACGAACCARAAGAUGCUAAUGGCAUGUGUGUCUAUCGAUGAUACAACACGAGAAAAUGGGUGUCUACAAGUUAUACCAAAGUCACAUAAAGGACCCUUAUUCUCACACUUCAAAGAUGGCGAAUUUUCAGCCGCUAUCAACGAUGAACUAUUCGAUCCAAGCUCGACCGUCCAUCUUGAAGUCCCAUCAGGGGGAGUUAGCCUGCACCAUGCCUUAACAGUCCAUGGUUCUGCACCGAACAAUACAAAUCAGAAAAGGCGUUUAUUAGUUUUCUUGUACUGCAACACUGAUGCUUGGCCGUUGCUAGGGGUAACGUCCAUGGAGUAUGGAAAUAUAGGACCUGUAGAUUGGGACCGGUUUACUUCUACCAUCGUUCGCGGGGAAGCGACUCUGUUUCCUAAAAUGGAAUCGGUGCAAGUUUGUCUUCCUGUCCCGUUCGACAAACCUGGUUAUGUUUUUGAAGAGAAAGUACCGAUAACAUCGUCACACGAAGAUCCUAAGAAUUGAACAUGCCAGCCUCAAGGCUGAUUACACUAUUUGAAGCACUAUUGUUUGAUAAUUGUCAAAAUAGACCCCUUGCAUGUGACGUCAAAACAGCUUCAUCUGGAGGACAAAACAAAAGAUUUUUAUCCUCUUGGGAACUAGAAUCUAUUGUUUUGUCCUCCAGUUGGAGCUGCAUUCCCAUGAACUGCAAGGGGUCUAUACAAAAGUUGCAGAGUUGCAUCAUCGACCCAGUCCCUUUACUGUACGUUGAUCGAUGUUAAGGUUUUAUAGUUUUUUUACGAAGAAUGAAGGAAAUUGUCAGAAAACUAAAAACAAUGUUGUUGAAUAAUAAAAACAAUAGACCAUGUUGAAA